CACGGCUGCGCAGCCGCAGUGUGCCUCUGUCGCCGCGGUAACGAACGCUGGCUCCGUGUCUCGCUAUGAACGCCCGGUUAGCUCGGGCCGGGUGGGCCCGGGGGCUCUGGGGACGCCGCGCCGCCUCGAGCCACGGGGAGCCGCCUCCGGACGCCGUGGACGUGGCGGAGCUGCUGCGGGACGCCAGCUCGGCCGAGGAGGAGGCCCAGGAGGCGGUGGCGCGGCGGCCGCCCGCGCGCUGCUCGGUGCUGCUCUUCCCCGGCCAGGGCAGCCAAGCAGUCGGCAUGGGGGGCGGCCUGCUCGGCUUCCCGCGCGUGCGCCAGCUCUACGAGACCGCGCACCGGGUGCUGGGCUACGAUCUGCUGGAGCUGUGCCUGCGCGGGCCUCAGGAAGACCUGGACCGCACGGUGCACUGCCAGCCCGCCGUCUUCGUGGCCUCGCUGGCUGCCGUGGAGAAGCUACAUUGUCUGCAGCCGGCGGUCAUUGAGAACUGUGUUGCUGCAGCUGGAUUCAGUGUCGGGGAGUUUGCAGCCCUCGUGUUUGCUGGAGCCAUGGAGUUUGCUGAAGGUCUGUAUGCAGUGAAAGUCCGAGCCGAAGCCAUGCAAGAAGCCUCUGAAGCUGUCCCCAGUGGGAUGCUGUCUGUCCUUGGCCAGCGCCAGUCCAAUUUCGCCUUUGCCUGCAUGGAAGCCCAGGAGCACUGCAAAUCCUUGGGCAUAGAGAACCCGGUGUGCCAGGUGUCCAACUACCUCUUUCCUGAUUGCAGGGUCAUCUCAGGACACCUUGAGGCCCUACAGUUUCUCCGGAAGAAUUCUGCUAAGUAUCACUUCAGGCGCACCAAGAUGUUGCCGGUAAGUGGUGGCUUCCAUACCUGCCUCAUGGAGCCAGCCGUGGAGCCCCUGGUGAAAAUUCUGGACAGGAUUAACAUCAAGAAGCCACUGGUUGCUGUCCACUCUAACGUCAGUGGACAUAAAUACAUGCAUCCCCAACACAUCCGGAAGCUGCUGGGGCAGCAGGUGGUGUCUCCAGUGAAGUGGGAACAGACAAUGCACUGUAUCUACAAGCGGAAGAAGGGCACUGAGUUCCCCAGCACCUUUGAAGUGGGCCCCGGGCGGCAGCUGGGAAGCAUCCUGAAGAGCUGCAACGGGCAGGCAUGGAAGUCCUACAGCCACGUGGAUGUGAUGCAGACCAGCGUGGAUCCUGAUCACUGAGGGCCUUGAGUGGAAUGGCCCCAGCAUGAGCCUCUGUACCUGCCCCCUUUCCUCAAACUAGAGGACAGGGGUCACUCAGCCCUCGAGUGCCACAUUGUGUGACUCAACCCAUCCCCACACCUGACAAGACAUCUGGCUGCAGGGGGGAAGAAUUCCUAUGCAGACCACCUGCCCAGCCAGCUGCUCUGCCUCUGUACCCAGCCAUGCCCCUCAGUGAAUCCAGCAAAGGCAAGCCUGGGGCAGCCUUAGUCUUGCCCUGUUGGUGCCAUGGACACACUGCUUGACUUCAAACCAGGCCUGGGGCCAGAGGGGCCCAUCAGCUACCUGUGUCAUGCUGCUCACCCAGGGUUGAGGUCAUAGCUUCUUUGGCCUUGAAUCUGUCCAGUGGCCUUGGCAGCCACUUUGUCCUUGCCUCACUUGACAGCUUGGAGAUUGAGUGCCACAUACUGUACAUAUCCAAGAAGCACAUAUUAAGUGCCUAUUGUUUGCCCUAGAGUGGGUGGUCCCUCCUGAAGAAAAUUGGAGCAUGGUGCAAGGUGCGGGGUGUAUCUGGGCAAGAAGGAUGGCCUGGGAUCCUGACUGCCCUAGGCCAGCCCCAGUUCAUCCACGGAGAGACCCCACCACCAAACUGUCCACAGGGCAGUGGUCACUGCAGAAUCAGCUGUGUCUGUGGCUUCCAUCACAGCACAGCCUGCUCCACAGCAGGGAUAGAGCAGAGCUCCUGGGAGGACGCAGAAUAAAUGAGAGCCUUUCUAAGCUGCCUGGCUGG